UGUAUGUAAUGGAUAAUCAAAGAGUAUGUAAAUUAAAGUUCAGAAAACGGAAAGCGGCUUCGAACGUAACGUUUUGCAUGAAAACAGAGAGAAAUGCGUCGAAUAAAAAAAUAUUAGAAAUCAUUCAAAAGCCAUUAUCUGAGCGAACAAUUGAUGACAAAGAAAUUCUUAAUACAUGUAAAGAUACAGUACAAAAGAUAUCUCAAAGAUUAGAUAGACAAAAAAAAUUAAAAGAGCGAUGUCAAGAAUUUGAAGAUCCAGCUGAAGUACUAGAUAAAAAAUGUGAAGAUCUUGCAAAAGCUAUUUCGUCUGCAUCCAAUUUAGUAGUUUAUACUGGUGCAGGAAUAAGUACUGCAGCUAAAAUACCUGAUUAUAGAGGCUCAAAUGGAAUAUGGACAUUAUUAGAUCAAGGAAAAGACAUUGGAUGUCACGACUUAAGUCAAGCAGAACCUACAUUAACACAUAUGGCAUUAUAUCGAUUAUAUCGUGAAGGAUUACUUGGACAUGUUGUUUCUCAAAAUUGUGAUGGGUUGCAUUUAAGAAGUGGUCUACCAAGACCAGCAUUGUCAGAAGUUCAUGGUGAUAUGUUUAUUGAGGUAUGCGUCAAUUGUAAGCCAAAUAGGCAUUAUUUACGAAUGUUUGAUGUGACUGAACAUACAGCAAGAUUUAAUCAUAAAACAUUAAGGUUAUGUUAUGCUUGUCACAAACCAUUAAAAGAUACAAUUGUUCAUUUUGGAGAGCGUGGUAAACUUCAGUGGCCAAUUAAUUGGUCAACAGCUUGUAAACAUGCUGAGAAAACUGAUGUAAUUUUGUGUUUAGGAUCCAGCUUAAGGGUUCUGAAAAAAUAUCCAUGGCUUUGGUCGAUGGAUAGACCAGCUAAAAAAAGACCAAAGUUAUACAUUGUGAAUCUUCAAUGGACUCCUAAGGAUGAUCAAGCUACUUUAAAAAUAAAUGGUAAAUGUGAUGAAAUUAUGAAAAAAGUAAUGUCAAUAUUGAAUUUAGACAUUCCUAAGUAUCAACGUUGUCUUGAUCCUAUAUUUCAUCAUGCCACAAUGUUGGUAGCAGCUGAAGAACAUACAACAGUACAUCCUGUUUUAGCUGUUCCAACUGAUGAUGUUCAAAAAACCGAAAGUACAAUAACAAAAUGUGAAAAAAUAGAAUUAGAUAUAAGUAACAAUAAAAAUAAUACCAAAAUGUGUUCAGGAUCUAAAGACCUAAUUCAACCAGUUGAUCUCAGUUUAGUAAAAUUAGAAAAUAAUACAUCCAUAGCUGAUCAAAGUGAGUCAAUUAAUUCUCCGUCGUGUUCAAGUAUGGAUAUUGUUCCAAGCUUAAGUAAUUUUUGGAGGCCUUUUAUUGAGGGUGUAGAUCCAAAUUCAUUGGAAGGUCGCAAUAUGCUAUCAUUGGUUGAACCAAUUGUACCAUACUUAAAUCCAUUUUUUAUCAAUAAUAUGGAAACUUUAGGAUUAUCUCCAACGCCUGUUGAUCAGUUUUACAAGAACUUUGUAUAUCAAGCAUGUAUAGGAUUGGCUGCAGUUGAAAAACUACAAAUAGAAAAAAAGCUGACAAACAAUUUAAAAAAAAAGAAAAAAGAUAUUAGUGAAGAUAAAGAUGAUAUUAAAAAAACAGAUGUUUCAAUAAGUCGAUAUUGUACAUUUUGUCAUCCAGUUUAUGGUUCAACUAAAUGUCUAUUUUAUCAUAAAUAUGAGUCAAAAUUCAAAGAAGAUGUAGCUAAUUGUCUGUGUUGUGAUGAUGACACUGAUGAAGAAGAUGAAAAUGAACUGAAAACUGAGGACAUAGCUGAUAAGAAUGAUGAAGUUAUAGAAAAAGCCAAAGUUACUGCAGGCUGGUUUGGAAAAGGUUACAAGAAAAGAAUAAAAAAAAAAAAAUAGGUAUAAUUAUUUUAUUUAAAAUUAGUUUUCCUCAUUAUUUCUUUACCUUCCAGUAUUUAAGUUAAGUUAUACUACAAUGUAAGGUUGUAUAAUUCUAAGAAUAUCUAUAAUCUUUUAAGUUUUCAUCUGGUAACAUUUAUUUUUUAUGUUUACUCAGAUGUAUUGAUACUUAUACU